AUGUCUUCCAGCACAAAAUUUUUACUUUCGAUUGCUGUACUUGGUUCUGCAGCGUUUUUCUAUGAAGUUCAGGCAGCUCCAACAGAAAUUGCUCUUCAUGACUCAAACAUCACAACCAUUGAUACUCUAACUGGCCUAGACCAUUCGUUUCGAGUGAAACGACAAGGAGGAGGCGGUGGCUGCGGUUGUGGAUGUGGAUGCUGUUGUCGUCCUAGAGUAUCGAAAGAAAUAAUGAAGAAUUUUGUAGGCUGUGGUUGCUGCGGCUGCGGUGGCGGUGGCCGUAAAAGGAGAUCUCUUGACAAUCUUCGCAUUCGUCUUGGUGUAAAGAAAUCAGCUGAAGCUAGAAAUGGACAGCCAGCUGAACAUCAGUACCCUAGAGAGAAGAGGAGCCUGUACGAUGCUAUGUGCCAAACGCUAUGCCUUGCCCCAGCCCCACAUCUGCCUCAUCCAAGAUAUGGAAGUCACGAUAUCUAUGGGGAUUAUUGA